UACGUGCGUUUGAGCACGAGUUUGGUUCCCAAACCGCUGAAAAUGAAUCCACCAGACCUAGGUUUGUAUCUUGUACCUGAAGAUGCAGAAAAUUCCUCUGAAUCCUCUACUGCCACCACCACAACUGCUACUGCUCCACCAGUGACCACUCGAACUGCUGCACCUGCCAAACGCCCAACUAACGUCACGCAAACAUCACAAUCCACAGCUCGGCGCGUUGCCACUCGUCGAAGCGCUCAGGCCACUGCGACUCAAAGCUCAUGA